CCCCCUUCUGCACCCCUUUCUAUCCGUCCUCCUCCCCCCCUAUCUUACUCAUCUCGCCGCCACGCGCCCUGCCCUACAUCACCAAAAGCGCCAACAAAUCUCUUACGUGUUAGUUACUUCCUGUCCUCGGGUACCCUCACCUUCACAACAUGCGUUUCCUCUUCGUCAGCAAUCCAGCUACCGGCCAGGUCAAUCCUUUGCUAGCAAUUUCUUCCGAACUGCUCUCGAGAGGUCAUGAGGUCCACUUUUGCUCAGCAGACCGGCUCUCGCGAAGCUUUGGCAAGAUGGCGGUGAAGACCGGCCAUGGCGACCGCGGCUACUUCCACGGCGUCGGCAGCGGUCGAGAGUGCGAAGACUUGACCGACCUCGUGCAAUCCAAACCGGACCUCUUUCACAACAUCAUUCGUCACAAGCCCGGAGCGCUCACCACCUAUCUCAAUGCCGUCUGCAAGCUGGGCGACGAGUCUACAGCUUCAGAUGUCUACAAACGUGUCGUCUUCAGAGUCAGAGACGUCUGUAUAGAGACCAAGGCUGACAUGAUCAUAGUCGACAACUUCUCCCCGUUUGCUAUGGACGGCGUGCGCUUGUCAGGUUUGCCGUACAUUCAAACAUCCCCAGCCGCUGCAUGCGCUGCCGCCUCGUUUGUGAAUCUGUUCAAGCAGCCUGUUGGACUGAGCGGCGCAGACAGCGGUCACCGCAAAGCUGACGGUUCCCGGACAUGGGCACAAGCAAUCUUUCUAGUCUGGCGCAACUUCACUUUCGUCUUCAGCUUCGUGUGGUGGUGCAUGACUCACCCCUAUGCCAAGGAGAAGCGUCGUUUCCGAAAGGAUGAACUCGGCUUGCCUCCCGUCGACUUUUUGGCCGAUUCCUACAUGACGCCCGCCCCUCACCUCGUCCCCCACAUGCGUGCUGCCCUCUCAUUCAACGUCGCUGGUCUCGACUUGUACGAUCCCAAGGUUUUCCACGAAAAGGUCUUCUUCGUCGGCCCUUGCUUUGCUCCUGGUCACGGUCCAAAGGCGAUCGCGCAGCACUCCUCUCUGCAGCCCGAUGCCGUCAAAGAGUGGCUGGACGAAUCUGAAGAGGUCAUUUACGUGAACAUGGGCUCAAUUUUCUACUACCCUAGGGACGAGUACGACGCUCUGAUCGAUGCAUUGAAGGGUGUCAAGGCGGUCAGACCCAACAUGCGAGCGCUCAUCAAGAUUCCCGAUUUGCCAACAACCUUCCAACCCAUUCCUGGCGCCGAUGAGCUGCCAGGAUGGAUCAGACGAGAGACCUGGGUGCCAUCCGUUGAGACGGUGCUCGCCCACCCGAGCGUCAAGAUCGCCAUGCAUCACGGUGGAGGCAACAGCUUCAACGAGGCCGUCGCCUUCGGCAAGCCUCAACUGAUCGUCAGCAUGUGGGGCGAGACGCACGACAUCAUGGCGUACGCUGUCCACCAUGGUAUUGCCAUGGGAUCCAAAUUUGCGCCCAGACUCGUCGCUAGCGAUCUACAAGCCUCUAUGACCAAGUUACUGGAGGAGAACAUCGAGUUCGCUGACAGAGCUCUACGCUGGAGGCUUCGCUCGGAGCAAUCUGGAGGCACACCGAUCGCCGCGGACAUCAUCGAAGCUUAUGGCAGUAAAGAAAGGCGGAUCCAAGGCACGCAGGAUGGGGACAGCACAGACAUUGAAGCAGUCAACGCUUUGACGAUCGACAGCAACGAGAAGGGCUUGUUCACUCCCGCCCUCGACAAGGAGCCCCAAUCAUCUUCAGCAUCGUCAAUCGGCAGCCCCACGAUCGCCGAGCAGACGGUCACAUUCCCUUCUCCCACCGAUUUCCCUCCACGACCGCAGCUCCUGAUUCAAACCGCGGCCGCUGCGCCGGUGGUAGCAGCGACGGCCUGACGAGCCACUGCUGCCACCCUCCUCGUCCAAUCCGUCUUCCGUCUUCCGUCUCUCUCUUUUCCUCUUGCAGUACCUUCCAUGGCUGCGCUUUGACUGCCUGCUUGGAGCCUGCAAAAUAGAACCGUCACCUCAUACCCUCAUUUGCUGCUCCGUUUACAUAGACUAAGCCACCGCUAUUCUGCCCCCCCCGACAUUUCAGCUUGAAGGUCGCACCCAGUUGCUUCCUCGCGUUGUCGUCCCACAUCCUUUGCACGCGCACGCGCACACACACACACUCUCUCUAAGCGAGGUCGUUUGCGCCUCCGCACCGUUUAUUUGUAUUUCAUCCUGAUCUUUCUGUACCUGGGGCUCCUCGCCUGACUUUGCCUCGAGCUGGGCCCUUUCUGCU